AUGAACUCCCUCCGCAUCAUCGCCCGGCCUGCCGGUGUUUGUAUCGCUCGUGCCUCUCUCCGAACAACAGCCACUUCUCCCCUCGCCGCAGCCGCCCACUACUACAACUCUUCCAACAACAGAUUCACCAACAACACUAACAGCUGCUUCUCCUACUACGGAGCACGACGAACCAUGGCGAUCGCUAGCAAGAUCAAGGUCAAGAACCCCGUCGUCGAGCUCGACGGGGACGAGAUGACCCGCAUCAUCUGGAAGAACAUCAAGGACAAGUUCAUCUACCCUUACCUCGACAUCGACCUCAAGUACUACGAUCUCGGCCUCGAGUACCGUGACGAGACCAACGACCAGGUCACCCUCGACGCCGCUGAGGCCAUCCAGAAGUACUCCGUCGGUGUCAAGUGCGCUACCAUCACCCCCGAUGAGGCGCGUGUAAAGGAAUUCAACCUCAAGCAGAUGUGGCUCUCGCCCAACGGUACCAUCCGGAAUAUCCUCGGCGGCACCGUGUUCCGUGAGCCCAUUGUCAUCCCCCGCAUCCCCCGUCUCGUCCCCGGCUGGGAGAAGCCCAUCAUCAUUGGCCGUCACGCCUUUGGUGACCAAUACCGCGCCAAGGACCUCGUCGCCCCCGGCCCCGGUACCCUCAAGCUGGUGUACACUCCUGUCAACGGCGAGCCCCAGGAGGUCGACGUUUACGAGUUCAAAAACGGCGGUGGUGUUGCUCAGGCCCAGUACAACACGGACGAGUCUAUCACCGGCUUCGCCCACGCUAGCUUCAAGCUCGCCCUGUCCAAGGGUCUCCCUCUCUACAUGAGCACCAAGAACACCAUUCUCAAGAAGUACGACGGCCGCUUCAAGGAUAUCUUCCAGGAGCUUUACGACACCACGUACAAGAAGGACUUUGAGGCCAAGGGCAUCUGGUAUGAGCACCGUCUCAUCGACGACAUGGUUGCCCAGAUGAUCAAGAGCUCCGGUGGCUACGUCAUGGCCCUCAAGAACUACGACGGCGAUGUCCAGUCCGACAUUGUCGCCCAGGGCUUCGGCUCCCUCGGUCUCAUGACCUCCGUCCUCAUCACCCCCGACGGCAAGACCUUCGAGUCCGAGGCCGCCCACGGCACCGUCACCCGCCACUACCGUGAGCACCAGAAGGGCCGUGAGACCUCUACCAACCCCAUUGCUUCCAUCUUCGCCUGGACCCGUGGUCUCAUCCAGCGUGGUGAGCUCGACGGCACCCCCGAGCUCGUCCAGUUCGCCCAGAAGCUCGAGCAGGCUUGCAUUGACACCGUCGACAUCGACGGCAUCAUGACCAAGGAUCUUGCCCUCGCCUGCGGCAAGAAGGAGAGGAGCGACUACGUCACCACCAACGAGUACCUCGAUGCCGUCGAGAAGAGGCUCAAGGAUACCCUCGCCAAGCUUUAA